GCAAUGGUUUAUUCUCCCGCAAGCAGUGGAACAGCACGCCUUGUCUUCUUGAGCUACAGUGGAAGUGGAUUCACUUUUAGGAACAUCUGUGUCUUGUGAUAUCUAGUCCACUGGUCUCCUUGAGAUCCACACUGUUACGUAUGUAUUCUAGAUGUCAUAUCCACACUGUUACGUAUGUAGUCUAGAUGUCAUAUCCACACUGUUACGUGUACGUCAUGGCUUAUGUAGGGGACCACUUUAAACCAGUCUACAGGGCCGACAACGACCCGGCAUGUGGGAUGAUGUUGUUUGAGCCGCCAUUCUCUGUGCCUGUCUGCUACUCAUGGGACUCCCAGACUGUAGAGGAUUGGUUGGUUGACACUGGAUUUGGUAGAUAUCGACCGCACUUUAGAAAGAAUGGCAUUGAAGGCCGACAACUCUUGGCCCUUACGGAUGACGAUCUACGUAACAUGAACAUUAUUGACCGCCAUGAUGCCAGUGGAAUCAUGGGAAACAUACAGAUGGUGCGCCAAACAUACCGCCAUAUGCAUCCAGAAGAACUUCCAGGACUGCCAUAUAAUUACUAUAGGGCACUCUAUUUUGGUGACCAGCCACCAGUUCCACGACGAGGGGAGAUAAGCUACAGCACGCCAUCUGUGAACAGUACCCUGACUGUACGUCGCCUGCAGAGUGUGGCAGGGGAAGAUAAAUUCGGCUGGUUUCAUCGCAACAGACCGACACCACUCAUUUGACCAAUUUAGUAAAUACAACACUUGGCAGUUUGACUAAAUCUAGUUUAUAAGAGUAGACUCCUUCAAUAAACACGCAGCUACCUAUUUCUAUACAGAUAUUUUGUAUUUUCAAUUAUUCAAUUAUUGAUUGCACUUUAAAACAUCGAAAAAAGUCUGAUGUGCUUGUAAACAAAAAAAUACGUUCAGUAUUGUGGUAGUGCCAGGUACUCAUCGUGAAUACAAUUGUAGCACUUCGAGGCUAAAGCGAUAUAAGUUGUCGCUCUUUUCACAUAACAAUUAAUUGUUGGCUUUUAAAAACGUUUCUUGCAUUUUUUGUAAUCAAUGUAUUUGUCAUACUAGUACAGAAGAGUUUAAAAACAAAUUAAAAUAAAAGGUAUCCUCGCAAUACCAUCUAUCAACAGCAACACAAAUAAACCUAGAUUUAGUGUUUUA